UUUCUUGACGGCACAUUCUGUGACUCGCUUUUCCUGUUUGUCCUGCAACUCGUAUCCAUCAGUUAAGCGACGGGCCCAGAGUAUCAGUCAUUGAGCAUCGACAGUUGACUCAUAGCCAUUGCUCGCUUACCAGGUCAUCAGUUGUUAACAGCAGCUUCUACUUCCCAGCAACAGUCAGCGUUCACUGAGCCACCUGGUGCACGGCCAUGCCCAAGAAACACGCACCAGCCUACACGCAAGCCAAGCCGACCUACGUCCACCCAUCGCUGCAAAGCUCACGAGCUUCGUCUUCGACGCCUUCAGAACCGCAGUCCAUAAAUCAACGCCUACAGCAGCUGCGCCGCGAGCAAACGCCGCGAGCAACGCCCGAACAAAGAGAUGAGCUCACAUCGGCAGUAAGCAGCCGCACUGUCCCACCAGACUUGCGGCGCAUACUGCACAUCCCUGAGAUUAACGCUCCCAAACCAAAGCCAGGCCUGCGUUCACGUAGAGCAAUUGGCGGUGCAAGGCCACCACCAGGUCCGGCAGCGCCGACUAGCUGGCUCUUGUCGAGCCGCCAUGCACCAGAUCACGUGCGGAAGAUGAGGAGGCAGCAAUCCGGCGACGAGAGGAAUGCUCCAGCGUUCUGUAUGCUGGCGAGAGUGACGAAUGAUGAAACUAAGCGUCUGCCACCUGAUCGAAGCCUUGCGCACCACUGCCUCCGAACAUUUGCGUUGCACUGGGAGGAACUCUCCGAAUUCGAACAACAUUACCUUCCUACAAUACCCAUAUCGCUGAGAGAAGCAAUGCUGAGCUACAUAUCUGCCCAUGGUGCCACAUCGUGCUUGAAUCUCAGGUCUUUGAGGAUGUUGUUCCAGAAUGAAGAAGGUACUGGCACUUCGAGUUGGGAUGAAGUCCGUCUUCUGGAUUUCACAGGGCUAUUGUGUGUAGAUCUCACCAUCGGUGACGUCGGAAAGUGUCUCAAAAGACAGGCCCAACAGCUGCCGAAUGUGGAGGGCUUGCAGAUCACUGAAACAGCGCAGAGCAAGGGCAAAGAAAAAGCAGUGGAACUAGCCGAGACCUGGGAAGAAGAGGCUGAAGAAGCAGACAAUACUCCACCUGUUUUGGCGGCUGCACUCGCAACUCCAUACUUCACCAAUCUCAGCAGAUUGUCACUCGCACGCCCUGGCGCUUGGGCAUCAUGGCCGGAAUUGCUCAAAAUCUCACCGAAUCUGAACAAGAUUACCCAUCUCUCGCUUGCCUACUGGCCACGGCCGUCUACCACUCCAAACGCUGCGACAACCUCGAUGGUCUCGAAUGUCACGACGGUGUCUCUUGGUGGUUCUCACUUCUACUCUGACCUCGACGAUGAUUGGCACGAAGCUACGAAUAUCCUACGGCGAUUCUCGGUCAAUACGUACUCGUUACAAUGGCUCGAUUUGGAAGGGUGUAGCUGGUUGAAAGCACUUAGCUGGCGCUCGGAUGAUCUUCUCUCCGUCUCCAGGUCAGAUCAUGACCCAGAAGAAUGGCAAUAUCAUACAGUAUCGCCUGGCCCAGACUGGAACGAUGCGUGGCGGCGAAUCACGUAUUUGAACUUUUUCCAGGGUUGGAUACCUGCGGAUGUCCAGUCGCUGCAAAAUAUACCAGCAGGCAUGGUACCCGUGCAAUUGAUGCGUUGGCUACGGGAGAAUAAGGACAAGAGCGAUGUGAGCUGGAAACUGAACGCGCAUGAAGCAGGUCACGCUGUAUCUGAGUGGAUCAGUCGAGAGAAGGCGGCCAGGACUGUGAAGCAAGAGAUUCUCGCCGUUCGACGAGCAAAAAAAGGGGCAUGGUGUAACAUCGACCAUGGAUGGGGUAGUCCUGUUGAACCCAAAGCCUCCUAGUAGCGUUCUCAGAGUGGUAAUAAGAGCAAAAAAUGCUUGUACCACUUAUCAAAAUACUACUUGACAUGGAUAUCUUUCAACCACGCCUAACAUGUGAUUUCAGCAUUCACUGACACCCAAGCAGAUCUGUAUCAGGUGGGAAAUAGGCGAGCCAUGGCACACCAAGCAGUGACCAGUCAGCAGUCAGAUCCACAUCCAAAGAUGCCUGAUCGAUUGUUGGCAUGUGUUCUAUGUCGUGUGAAGGACCGGCUUCGCUACUUUGAGACUGCGGCAUCGAGUUCGCGACAUCACAGACGCUGC